CCUAUCCCAGGCUAGGGGCAUGGCAGAGGCCGUCUUGACCGGCCGGGAGUCGUGAGGGGUCGUCUGGGGGCGUAUCCGCUAGGCCUGCCGGGCGUGGCGUCCGGGGUCGGGGGCGUGUCCGCCAGGCACCGGCCUGGGAGGAAGCGCGAGGCGGCUGUGGGUAGCGGCCUGGAGGCGUCUGGGCAGGGUGGUUCGGACGCUGUGCGGGAGGAUCAUGGCGCCCCGAGCUGUGCGCGGCGCGCUCCUGCUCUGGGCCCUGGCGCUGUGCUGCCUGAGCGGCGCGGGCCGGCCGUGGAGUGGCAGCCACGAGUGGAAAAAACUAAUUUUGACCCAACUCUGGCCUCCAACACUGUGCAAGGAAGUUAAUGACUGUGAAAAGUCUCCUGAUUAUUGGACAAUACAUGGACUAUGGCCUGACAAAGUGGAAGAUUGUAAUUCAUCGUGGCACUUUCAUUUAGAUGAGAUUAAGGACCUUUUCCAGGACAUGAAUCUGUUCUGGCCUGACAUAAAGCACCCACUGAAUGGCAGCAGGUUCUGGAAGCAUGAAUGGGAGAAGCACGGCACCUGUGCUGCCCAGGUGGAUGCCCUCGACUCUGAGAAGAAAUACUUUGGGAAGAGCCUGGUGCUGUACAAGCAGAUUGACCUCACCAGAAUGCUCCAAAAAUUUAAGAUUGAACCAUCUAUCAAUUACUAUCAUAUUUCAGACUUUAAAGAUGCCCUGACCAGAAUCUAUGGAGUUGUCCCUAAGAUCCAGUGCCUUCCACCUGUACAGGGUGAGACAGUGCAAACAAUUAGUCAGAUAGAGUUGUGCUUCACUAAGGAGGACUUCCAUUUGCGGAACUGCACGGAGCCUGGGGAACCGCUGUCACCAAAGCAGGACAUGUGGCUGUCCAAGGUCACUGCCACACAGUCGAUGGUGGUCUGUGAAGAUGGCCCAGUCUUCUACCCCCCACCUAAAAAGACCAAGUAUUGAUGUCUAAAUUGUGUUCUACAAAUUAAGAGGAAUUUACAAAUCAACUGUUUUUUUAAAAACUGAAUCUAAAACCUUUUAAAAAUG